CGACUACGAAAAAAAACUGAUCAGCGAAUCUCGUUUCUAGUCGUCCCGAAGCAAAGUAGAUUCCGCGGCAAUAUCAGAUAGAUGCCAAAUCGAAAAAACUGAAAUCAGGAGAAGGAGAGAGAGAGAUCUUCGAUGGCGGAUUCGAACGCAGAGAGGCCGCUUCGAAAAAUCUCAACGGCUUUCAAAGAACUAGCAGCCACCGUGACUUCCCCGAGUCCUCAAGUCCCCGUGGCUCAGUUCUCACACGCUUGCUCUCUCGUCUCGCCUCUCUUUGGCUGCCUCGGGAUCGCCUUCAAGUUCGCCGAGAUGGACUACGUCGCCAAGGUUGAUGAUCUUGCGAAGGCGUCGAGUUCGGUAUCGACAUUAGUGGUGAUGGUGGACAAAGAUAUUGAGGCAGACUGUGUGAGGAAAGCUGGUAGUCAUACUAGGAACCUUUUAAGGGUAAAGCGUGGUCUUGACAUGGUGAAGGCUCUCUUUGAAGAGAUUAUAGCUUCCGAAGGUAGUAACUCUUUAAAGGAUCCAGCAUCUAAGUCUUAUGCUCAAGUGUUUGCUCCUCACCAUGGAUGGGCUAUACGGAAAGCUGUUGCUCUUGGGAUGUACGCUCUUCCCACUAGAUCUCAGCUACUUACCAUGCUCAAUGAGGAAGAAGCGGAGGCUAAGAUAGAGAUGCAAAGCUAUGUAAAUGCAUCAGCUCCAGUAAUCGCGUACGUUGAAAAUCUAUUCCACUCCAAGCAACUCGGUAUCGAUUGGUGAAGAACCCUGAAGAGUCUUUUUAUUAACGAUCUUUGACAAGUCUGUAUCACACCAAAUAACCAAUACGGUUCUAUCAACUCAUGUAAUGACUUCACACGCACCAAAACAGAGCUAUUUGAAAAUAAUACCAUUAUGAAUAAAUCUAUGCUAUCUCUA